UCUCAAGACUUGGGGAACUCAGAACGUUUAGCAAUUUCUUGACAGCGUUUCGAUUGUUUCGUGUAGCACUGACAAGAAGAUAUGGCUUCAAAGCUACUCACAAAAGAGGAAACCCUGACAAUGAGGAGACGAUUGAUCGGGCAAUCGUGCAGACUUUUUUAUUCAGACGAUCCUGUCAAAAUUGUAAGAGCAAAGGGGCAAUAUCUUUUUGAUGAGAACGACAACCGCUACCUGGACUGCAUCGGCAAUGUUCAUCAUGUGGGUCAUUGCCACCCUAGUGUUACCAAGGCUGCAGCAGAACAAAUGGACCUUCUGAACACCAACACCAGAUUCCUGCACGACAGUUUGGUCAUAUAUGCAGACCGCCUGGCUGCCACCUUGCCCGAGAGACUGUCUGUCUUCUACUUUGUCAACUCUGGCUCCGAGGCCAAUGAUCUUGCACUACGCUUGGCCCAGCAGUACACUCAACACGAAGAUGUCAUUGUGCUCGACCAUGCAUACCACGGUCAUUUAGUGUCCCUCAUCGACAUCAGUCCAUACAAGUUCCGGAAAUUGACAGGACAAAAAGAAUGGGUUCAUGUGGCACCCUUACCAGAUACCUACAGAGGCAUGUACAAAGAGGAUGAGCUGAAUCCAGGCCAAGCUUAUGCAAAUACAGUCAAGAACCUAAUAGAGGAGGUGCACAAGAAGGGUCGCAAGAUAUCUGCCUUCUUUGCCGAAUCAAUGCAAAGUGUGGCAGGACAAAUCAUUUUGCCGCAAGGAUACUCAUCUAAAGUUGCAGAGUAUGUUCACUCAGCAGGAGGGGUGUUUGUGUCAGACGAGGUGCAGACCGGCUUUGGACGUGUGGGAAGUCAUUUUUGGGCGUUUCAGCUGCAAGGAGCAGAUUUUUGUCCUGACAUAGUAACCAUGGGCAAGCCGAUGGGCAACGGGUAUCCCAUUGCAUGCGUGGCAACUACAGUGGCGAUAGCUAGCGCUUUCACCGCCAAUAAAGUGGAGUACUUCAAUACGUUUGGAGGGAACCCAGUGUCUUGUGCAAUUGGCCUGGCCGUCCUUGAUGUGAUAGAGAAAGAGGAUCUGAGAGGAAACGCCAAAAGGGUCGGGGCACAUCUGAAAGAUUUGUUCACAAAGCUGAAAAGUCGACAUAAAAUUAUUGGAGAUGUUAGAGGUGUGGGACUUUUUAUGGGAGUUGAGCUGGUAGAAGACAGAGAAUUGAGGACACCUGCUACCAAAGCAGCAGCACAGGUGGUGCAAAGGCUCAAAGUAGAAGAUCGAAUCUGUGUCAGUACAGAUGGCCCAUGGGAAAGUGUCUUGAAGUUUAAACCGCCCAUGUGCUUCAAUAUGGAGGAUGCUGAGCUGGUGGUGCGGUGCAUUGAUCGCAUCCUCACAGACAUGGAAGCCAAUCUGAAACUGGAAAAGGAAGACAUCUAGGGACUAUGCACCAUUUCUGCAAGACUGCAAUGAGCAGAUUCAAUCCAUUUGGAGUCAAUACCUAGUUCUACAACUACAGUACUUUUUUUUUAACCAAAUUCAAUUGAAGUAAACAGACGUGUCCUUUUUAAUACUUA